AUGGGGAGCGGGCAAGUUGAUGGAAUCGAACUAGGAACUAUGCAAAUGCAUCCGCCCUUUCCACCACCGCCGCCAUUUCUAGCAGUGCUAAACUACGCGCCUACUCCCAAAACCCCAACAUUAAUGCCGCCACAACCAAUACCACAAUUGACGGCACAAAACCCUUUAAAUGGACUCUCUGCACCAAUCUGUAGCCGAUGUUCAGAACAGGUGCAUGAAAAAACCCUUCUCGUGGUUUUGGAUCAGUACUGGCAUGCAAAAUGUCUCUACUGUCCCGAUUGUGGUGUGUCUCUCGUGAAUAAAUGUUUCUAUCGGGAUGGAGAGGUGUACUGUCGUGAGGACUUCUUUAGACGUUUUGGAACAAAGUGUGCAAGCUGUGACGAGGGUAUUCCACCAAAUGAGAUGGUUCGCAAGGCUCACGACAAUGUCUACCACCUCGAAUGUUUUGUAUGUCACGUCUGCGCAAGAUCUCUCAACACCGGUGAUGAGUUCUAUCUUCUUGCUGAUCGUCGACUCAUGUGCAAAGCCGACUUCACCAUGAUUAAGGCCCAGGUGAGUGAUACGGUGGGGCCGGUUACCACCAUGAUUGGCGGUGUCACAGGACCAUCCAUGCAGAGACACGUAGAGGAGGAAGUGGAAUGGAGUAAGGUUGAAUUGGAGAGUGUGAACAAGCGUCCACGAACAACAAUAAACGCAAAGCAGUUGGAGGCGUUGAAGAAGGCCUACGCGGAGGGAGCGAAGCCCUCGAGGCAUGUGCGGGAGCAGUUAAGUGCUGAGACGGGUCUCGACAUGCGAGUCGUCCAAGUGUGGUUCCAAAACCGCAGGUCAGUUCAUACACAAAUCCUCCUUGGCUAA